AGCUUAAUCAAUUCUUCAACGGAAUAUUAGAAUCAAAUCGUGGCGUUUUCAACGGCCACAUUCUCCACCACGCAACAACGAAGAAGACGAGGCCAACACCACCACGAUCACCAUUCACCACGAACAUGGCCGAAACUUCCUCAGACCACACUCCUCAUAUACCCAUCGAAAUCAUCACUGACGACGAAAUGGCUCUCAUUGAAGCUGCUUUCGCUUUCGCUUCCGCUUCCGCUCGUUCUGCUUUUCGUUCAUCAACACCGCCACCACCACCACCACCCCUUUCUCCUCCUUCUUCUUCUUCCCCUCUCUUUCGCUCCAAUGCACUCUCCAUCAAAUCCAUCACAGUUCUAUCCAAGCGAAGCUUCUCACACGCCACUGGCAGUGGAACGAGUACCCACCACCCUGACAUUGAGGAUUCUUCGCCCAAAUUGAAAACCCUUCUUCCUGAUUCCUUUCUCCACCGUUUCAGGAAGAAUCGUGGCUUGUCUGUCACUGAUAUCACAUCUACGGAAUGGUGUUCAAAGCAAAUGGAAUUUGCUCUCACUCUUGGAGGGAGGAAGACCAAUCAAGUUAUGAGAGCUGGCAUUGCCCGGCAUGCGAAACUUGAAGAAGAGGUUAUAAAACGGGUGGAAGUAAAUAUCAAAUCAAAAGAAGAUCAGUGGGCCCUGAAGUUUCUUAAUUUUAUUAAUGGUGUGAAUCAACUAUUCUUUGAAGGAUUAACUCGUGAACUACCAAUAAUGGGCUUUGCAGAAGAUACAUGGAUAGUAGGAGUGAUUGAUGAGAUUCGGAUGCCAUCAACAGAAAAUGAUCAUAAUCCGAUACUAAUUGACACAAAGACACGUGCUCGUGAUACUCUACCUUCUGAACCACAGCGAAGAAAUGGAAGGCUUCAAUUAAUGUGUUACAAGUAUUUGUGGGACAGUUUAGUCGCUGAUGAUUUCCCUUCUGAAAAGUUUUUUACUAAAUUUGGCUUAUACCCUGAACAAACUCUGUGUGAAGAUCUGAAAGUGAAAAGUUCUGACCCCAAAUAUUCUGCAUUGACCCUUGAUGAUGUGGUGAGAUAUUACAAAAAUACAUGUAGCAUGCUGCUCCCUGCUCACGAUCAGCUUUUAUUGAGAUAUGAAUAUCAGAAGGAUCAUUCGCUGAUCGGUGAAGAUAAAUUUGCAUAUGAUUCCGAGUGGCUAAAAAGUCAAAUGCAUCGUUGUAUUGAGGUUUGGCUUGGAAAGCGAGAAACCACUUAUGUUCCUGAGGAGGAGAACUGGAAAUGUAGAUUCUGUCAAUUUGCCACUGUGUGUGAUGCAUCGACUGAUAGUAAAGGAACUAUGGCAAAUACAAGCAAUGAUUCAAAUGCCAAACAAGGCUAGUUAUCUCAAUGCUGGCUCUCUAUUGCUAUCGUUAGCUGCCUCAAUAACGGUGGAAAAUGAGAAUGCCUGGUCCAUUUACUAUGCAUUGUUUUAUUCGUUAAUCAAAAUGCAUUGUAGUUGUAGUUGUUGUUGUUGCAGCUGCAUGUCAAUUAUCUUCGAAACUAUUUAUAUUCCAUUCUCAUCUUGUAUAAAUAUAAUUGUUAUUGGAACUUUGUACAUAUUUUUUUCAUACAUUUAAAGGCUGGUUACCAAUGAAGUCAUCAUGAAUGCA